GGCAAAUCUUUUGGGGACAGUGAGGGGAAGAGGAUCAAGGCCCUUUUGUUAUCAGACAGAAAAUCAGCUGUUGGAGGAUCACAGAGGCUUACAGGAAAGUCUUCAAACCAGAAUACCAGAAAAAGAAAACCGAGCAACAAAAGUGUACAAGUGCCACUGAAUCUGAGUGCAUCCAAGCAACAUGGAGUACACGUUCAGAGCAGUAACUCACAGCCCCGGGAUUAUAAUCUGGAGAAUUGAGAAAAUGGAGCUGGUACAAGUCCCUGAGAAAUCUCAUGGAAACUUUUAUGAGGGUGACUGCUACGUACUUCUGUCUACUCAGAAGGUGAGCAGCUCUCUGUGUUACGAUAUCCACUACUGGAUCGGCUCGCAGUCCACUCAGGAUGAACAGGGUGCGGCUGCUGUUUACACCAUCCAGCUCGAUGAAUUUUUGGGUUCCACUCCGGUCCAGCAUCGCGAGGUUCAGAACCACGAGUCUGAUGCCUUUAGGGGCUACUUCAAACAAGGAAUAAUCUUUAAGAAAGGUGGAGUUGCAUCAGGCAUGAGGCACAUUGAAACCAACACCUAUGAUGUUAAGAGACUUCUUCAUGUCAAAGGGAAGAAAAGAGUGACUGCAAAGGAGGUGGAGAUGAGCUGGAAGAGCUUCAACCUUGGAGAUGUGUUUUUGCUGGACAUUGGCAAGACCAUCGUUCAGUGGAACGGACCCCAGAGCAACAAACAGGAAAAGCUUAAAGGCAUGUUGUUGGCCAAAGACAUCCGAGACAGAGAGAGAGGAGGUCGGGCAGAGAUCAGAGUGAUCGAGGGUGAAGCAGAGAGCAACUCUCUUCAGAACAUGGAGAUCUUGAACAGUGUUCUUGGAGAAAGAACCUCCAAGCUGACGGACGGACCUCCAGAUGAAACUGCUGACCAGGAACAGAAGUCAAAACUCACACUUUACCAUGUAUCAGAUGCUGAUGGUCAGAUGAAGGUCACAGAAGUUGCUACCAGACCACUGGUUCAGGAUCUCCUCAACCAUGAGGACUGCUACUUCCUGGAUCAGGGAGGGACGAAGAUCUUUGUGUGGAAGGGGAAGAAAGCAAACAAAGCUGAAAGACAGGCUGCUAUGAGCAGAGCUUUGGAGUUCAUCAAAGUGAAAAACUACCCGCUCACUACAAAUGUGGAGAUGGUGAAUGAUGGGGCAGAGUCAGCUCUCUUCAAGCAGCUGUUCCAGAGGUGGACUGUAAAGGACCAGACUCAAGGUCUGGGCAAAGUGCAUACAAGAGGGAAAGUGGCUCACGUCACACAGGAAAAGUUUGAUGCCUCUCUGAUGCACGUGAUGCCAAACGUUGCUGCACAGGAGCGAAUGGUGGACAAUGGCACAGGUCAAGUGGAGGUGUGGAGAAUUGAGAAUCUGGAGCUUGUGCCUGUGGACCCUAAAUGGUACGGAUACUUCUACGGAGGAGACUGCUACCUGAUCCUUUACACUUACUUUGUUAACAACAAGAAGUGUUACCUGCUCUAUAUAUGGCAGGGGCGUAAUGCGACACAAGAUGAACUGGCAGCCUCAGCAUUUCAGGCUGUGGCCUUGGAUCAGAAGUAUGGUGAUGAGCCAGUUCAAGUGAGAUUAACAAUGGGCAAAGAACCAAGACACUUUAUGGCGAUUUUCAAGGGUAAAAUGGUCAUCUUUGAGGGGGGCACAUCUAGAAAAGGGUCUUCUGACGUAGAGCCACCGAUAAGGUUGUUCCAGGUCCACGGUUCUGACCCAUCCAACACAAAAGCCAUUGAGGUUCCAGCCCUGGCCACCUCGCUGAACUCCAAUGAUGUGUUUUUACUAAAGAGCCAAUCAGAAAUGUAUCUGUGGUGUGGAAAGGGAUCAAGUGGAGAUGAGAGAGCCAUGGCAAAGGAGGUCAGCUCUGUGAUUGGCCAGAACUCCAAGAAAGGCUCUGACGAGAUUGUGGCGGAGGGUCAGGAGCCCAUUAAAUUCUGGGAGUUGCUUGGAGGGAAAGCUCCCUAUGCUUGUGACAAAAGAUUACAACAGACGGUUUCAGACCACCAGCCGCGCCUGUUUGAAUGCUCCAAUAAGACGGGCCGUUUCAUUGUGACCGAGGUGACUCAGUUCACGCAGGAUGACCUCAAUGAGGAUGAUGUCAUGCUACUGGACACAUGGGACCAGGUGUUUCUCUGGAUCGGUAAAGGGACCAAUGAGGAAGAGCGCAAAGAAGCAGUGGUCAUGAGCCAAGAGUACCUGCGCACCCACCCGGGCGCCAGAGACCCAGACACCCCCAUUGUCUUGAUUAAGCAAGGAUUUGAGCCGCCCACCUUCACUGGAUGGUUCACAGCCUGGAACCCCUCCAAAUGGAGUGGAGCAAAGAGCUAUGAGGAGUUGAAGAAGGAGUUGGGAGAUGUAGCAACACCUGUUUAUGUUACAAAUAAGCAGAACUGUGCUGAAAGUGAGAAAAGCUUUCAGUAUUUUCCACCUGACAAGCUGAUCAACAAGCGCGCCAGCGAGCUGCCUGAAGGUGUUGACUCAACCCAGAAAGAGAAACACCUCUCUGACUCUGACUUCAACGACGUAUUUGGGAUCACCAAAGACGACUUUGCGAGCCUGCCGCAGUGGAAACGACUGAACAUGAAGAAAGAAAAGGGGAUGUUUUGAUCAUAUUUUUUCUGCAUUUGAAAUAAGCUAUUACUGUUAAAAGACAACAAGAGGCCUCUCUUUGUGUCAGCUCCCCCUCCCCUACAAAUACUAGCAUUUAACUUUACCUCAAUUUCCUUGUUAUUCCAUUUCAUGACAGAACUAAUUUUUAAUAAUGUGUCUUUUCAUCCUCUGGUUUUAUUGUGAUUCAUAAAUUUGUUUCAUAUCACUGUAAUACAUGUCUUGAAUACAUGAUUAUUUUUUAACCUGUGCUGAUGUUGUAAUUGACACCGUUUAAUUAAGUGCUCUUGUGAUAAUAUUAUUUGAACUCGCAGUAUGAAAAAAAAAAGUGUGUUGCUUAUUCUACGUCUGUGUUUUCGUGGCAUGGCUUACAUCACCUGAAAUACCAUCUAACCAUACGGAGACAUCACAUUAUCCUAAUUUCAGUCCUGAUGAAAGUGAAUACAAAAGGCUUCAUAUAAUACAAGACCAAUUAGACACAAAACAUUAUAUAAAAACUAUUUAGAAAGAACACCAGAACCAGAGCAUUAAAAACCGAACUAAAGUAAAUAGGUAAAAUACAUGUACUUUAUCAAACUCAGCUCAGUAACAAACAUUUAUGUAACUUUUAUUAACUCUGAGCUCACUCAUGAACACCAAACCAAAUGUAAAGGAGCUCUGAUUUCCCCUUUAGAUAGAGGUCUACUUUGCCAUCUGUUGGACAAGUAAUGUAACAGCAUGUCAGGCCAAAAUACUUCAGGGAACAAAAUUAAAAACUUUGAGCCAGCGAAGUUUCACAGGAACAGAUUACCUAUCAUCUUGCAAAGGGGGAAAGUUACAUUUAUUUUCCAGAAUAUGUCCAUUCCUUUAGUUACAUGACAGUUUCUUUAAACACACUCUGAAGGCACCACCAAAAGAGUCCUGAUUUUUAGCAUCACAACUAUCCAAAUCUCUGCUUUCAAGCACUCUAAUCUAUUCAUUAUAACUUCAUAAAAACUAGACGUCAGCUAAGCUGAUCAUUACAGUUUCUUCACCAACAUCUUUAAAACAAAAGUUGAUGAGAAGUCUUGUUCUUCCCUUCAAGCUGCUUAUGAUGGUGAUUACUUUAUCAUGUUGUGAAUAUUUCAAAUAUAAGUCAAAACAUAUGACAAAUCAGCAUCAACAUUAUUGACUCCUUUUAUUUUGAUAUGUGUGGAAUGUAAUUUCAGUUACAAGUAUAAAUUUAUGUCAUUCACUGUUACAUCUGAACAUUUAAUACAAAGCUCAGGACAAGUCAAAAAUAUCUAGACCCAUAAAACACAUCAAAUUACAGUAACAUCAUAUUUUUUGCAUUGUCUGAAAAUGAAACACAAAAACAAUUUGAUUACUUGAUAAAUUGUCAAAUACUCACUGCUGUGAGCUCCAAAUGCUAAACAGAGCCAGAGAUAUUGUCAAAUGAAGGAAGUUUAAAAACAACGUUUGAUCAGUUAAACAUUUGAAGUCAGAGUAAUGUAACUUUACUGGUUCAUUACAACAAACCAAAUCCUUUGACCUGACAGGAAAUUAAUAGGAAAAUAAAAUGAAUUGUUGAUGACAACAACAUAAACAGCCAAUGAUAUCUGAACAGCGUUGGUUGCAAAUGACCUGAUUGUUCAAGAACGGACCACAGUGCCACCACACAGCCCUACAAUAGCAGCACUACAGUUACAGCACUACAGUAACAGCACUAACCUACUAUCAGCUCAUUUAGUGGAGGGAAAAAGCAUCUCCUCUGAGCUGCUGUUUCUCCGAUGCUUUGUGCAUCAUGGCAGCCAGCACAAUAUAUAAUCAAGUAUUAGCAUGUGAACCAGUAUUAUGAUGAAAUAGGCCUGUGUGAUAAAAGUAAUACAAAAAGACAAAAGAGUCAAUACAAACAUUAAUAUCUUGCCUGAAACCCACAAAAUGAUAUGCAGCUAAAUGCAGCGAACUGCAAACAUUCCAUUUUCAAAUUUCUAUAAAUGUAUUAAAAUUGUUCUGCUUUUUCCCAUAUGACAGAAUCAGUUGUCAAAAUUGCGAUUUUCAUUUAAAAGUGUCACAUGAUGUAUUCCAUCAAAACUGAACUUAUUUGUUAAUUUUGGUAAAGAUCCACCUUAAAACCCAGGGAAUGUGAUGUGAUACAUUAUUUGUAAACAAAAUUAAAAUUGUAAAUCCCUUCAAAACACCAAAUAAGUCAAUUUAAUGCAGUAAAUAACUUCAAUUAAACUAUUAUUUAAUAUAUGUGUGAAAGUAGUGCGUGCAAAAGUACUAAUAAAUGGCACAGAUCAAUUCAUGUGCAGUUUGGAAAUCAAUAUACAUUCUUAGGUGCUCAUGCAAAUUAUUGAUCUCAGAUGAGGUGAAAGGGUCUAUUCUUAAAAAAAAACAACAAAAAAAAAAACAAUUUUAAAUUGCAAUUAAAUGCAAAAAAAAACAACAAAAAAAAAAACAAUUUUAAAUUGCAAUUAAAUGCAAAGUGUACAUCAAUCAGAGACAUCCAAAGAGACAAAUUUCAGCAAGUUCCACAAUCCACAAAUGUGCAAACAUACAGUAUUACCUCGCAGGCAGAGAGAGUACAGCCUGCAGCAGGUAAGCUGAUUAUUUCUCGCUGAUGUGUUUGGUUAUAAAAGGGAAUGUUGUUUCUAAUGUAAUCUGACAACUUUAAAAAGUGCAAAUGCAGCUAAUUCAAUUUCCCUAAAUUCAAAAUAAAAACAGGACAAAGGCCGUAUAUGAAAGAUAAAAAAAUAAACGUUCUAGUUAAGAUCAGCAAGGCAGUAAAUAAGAUGGCAUUUUCCCUUUCUUAAAAAAUCUGUAUCUUAUAACCCCACCUUGCUGCCUUUGAUUACCUGUACCUGAUCUUAGCUUCCCAAAUGCAGUUACCAGCUGUGUGUGUCUGAAAUGUUCAGACUGACUCUUGUGUAGUUAUGAUUGGAGCCAAAACAGCAACAGUCCCGUUCCAAAUUCUUACAGAGCUCACUGCGUUUUGUAAACAGGUAAAUCCUGACUUGUGUCCAGGCAGCUGUUAGUAUACAAAGAGGUUACCAAAGAGGUAAACGGUCAAAGCAGCAUGGAGUAUAUUCCAUGUUUAUCCAUGUAUAUAUAUAUAUAUAUAUAUAUAUAUAUAUAUAUAUAUAUA